AUCGUGGGCGAGAGAGUGGUGUAGUAUCGGACAUUAUUUUCGAGCUGUCUUAGGCGGGGAAACAUAGAGGUGAGGAUGCUUCGGCGGUUGCGGGUCGUUGGUUGCGCAAUGUCCGUGCGGGGGAACCGCGUGCUAUAGCUGUUGGACCGCGUCGGGCAAGUUAGCGGAUAGCGACGCGACGAUAGCCACGGUUCCUCACCGUCGUGGUCGUGGUCGUGGUUCGUGGUUCGUGGUCGUGGUCGUGGUACGUUCGGCGCGUGCGUGCAAGAGCUCGCCUCGGACUCUGCCUCCGCCGAAAUGUUGAUGCUAAAUAAAACUCCUAGCUGGUUGGGACGAUGCCAUGCGUUCUAAUUUUCACGAAGGAACGGCCGCUGGUGGACGCGGAGCCCCGGGGUCUGGCUUGUCUUCUGGUUUGAUAGUCCCUCGAGGCUCUCCAGGUUGGCCUGUGUCGUCUUGAACGGGCGACCACGGUGACGACAACGACGACGACGACAACGACGACGACGACGACCACGGUGAUACCGACGGCGAGGAGAGGGAAACGCGACCGAUUAUCAGAAAGUGAUCGUUGCUGGUGGCUGUUGGUCGCGGCGACCGCACACGCUACUGCCUCGAUCGCUCCGACCAGAAGUCGGUUCAGUGCUCGUCAGUGCUUGGCCAGCGGUUCUUCCAUGCGAACGCUCCGGUGACAUGGCUUCCGCCCUUCUGGGCAAGUGUAUCGGUUUGUUGGUGCCAGUCCUGUUGCUCUUGCUGGCCUAUAGCAGCUGCUAUGGAUUCCGAAUACGCGAGCAAUCGAGCCAAAUGGCCUCGAAUUCCGCGAUGGUCCAGGAGUCGUCGCAACAUCACCGGGCCACCUGCGUUUCGGGCUCGGGCUCGGACUCAGCCAUCUUUCCCAGGUGCCAAGACAGAACCUCGACAGCGUUCGCCGCCCGCAAAUGGCACGAGGCGGCCGCAUCGCGCAUCCUCGCGAGACGGAAACCACCUGUCGAGGUGACGUCGGUCGAAGAUGACGAGGAAGGGACGCCCGUUAGACACGAAAGAAUGGCACGGUCGCCGGUCGGGGUCGUUGAUCAUCGGGUCGCCGAGCGUGAGAACUCGGAGGACGACGACGACGAGGCCGUCGUCGAGGUCGUAGACAGCGAGGAGAUAAUCGUCGACUCAGUCGACCGCGAGCACGACACGGAAUCGGAAGGGAACGACGAAGAGGACGAUGACGAAGAUGGGGGACAGUCGGUGAGAAAGAAAUGGAAACCAAAUGUGUCGAGCAGAAGAGACAGGAGCACGGAAGAAUCGGGAUUCAGGAAUAAGGAAGCAAGACCGUUCAAGGAACUGAAGAAGUCGUACGAUGGCGACGAAGAUGAAGACGAUGGAAAGAGUAACGUUAGGCUGCCGAAGAGGCCGGGCGCGGAUCAAGCGGAAAACGAACAGGAAACAGAUGAAGAAUCUGAAAGCAAAGAGGCCGAUGAAGAAGAUGAGGAAACGGGAGAGGAAGAGGAAGAGGAAGUUGUCACUGCUCCACCGGCGAAGCUGGAGAAAGCCAGAUACGCGGACAAGGAUAAAGUCAAGUCCGUGGAAUCACCGUCGACGAUGAAGCCAAAAGUCGAAACUAGACCGCCAGCGGGGAAGAGGGAAGAACCGCGGAAGGUAGAAGCGAUCAAGAAGCAAGCGGACAUAUCGAAGAAGCCGACAGAGACCCCUGCGAAGUCGCUGGAGACUCCAAAGAAAGCCGAACCGAUAAAGGUAACGAAGCCCGAUGUCGAAUCCUUGAAGCCGAAAACUACCCCGAAACCGGAAAUCAAGGAGAAAGUUCCUGCGGAGGUUCCUACACCGAGGGAGAAGGCUCGGGAGGACGGGGGCAAGGAUCGGGUGCCGGUGAGACCGGAAGAAAAGCAGAAGCAGCCGGUGAAAGUGAAACCGAAAGCACAACCUCCGCAGCCUGCGAAGAAGAAAGUGGAAACUACUGUCAGUCCGAAAGUUGCUCCGCCUAAGCCUGCGAAGAUUAAACGACUCGACAAAGACGACCCGAUAGAGAAAACGAAAGUGCGCGCGGACGCUGCUUUCACGCUGCCGGAACUGAACGAUAUGCUGCUACGCGUACCGACCUUCGUGCCAAAUUUCACGGCCAUGGAGGAUUUCGAGUGUCAGCAGCACGGCAAGAUCUUCCUGAGGCAGCUGAGGGGUCGGAAACUGUGGGCACUGCAAAUGCUGGACUCGAGCGCGAAGAUCCCAUCGGGUUUGUUGCGGGGCAACGUGAACCAGCUCGGUGAUUUCGACGAGUGUAUGGGAGUAAUGGCGCACGUGAAGUUGAACAAUGCGACGAUAAAGGUGCAGGGGAAAUACUGUUUGGCGAAUAUCGACUUUUACGCCGAUGAUCCGGACAUGAGGCUUCCGACCAACCUGAUGCAUGGCCGUUCCACCUUCCGAGGAAGUAUGCGAGAUCCGGGUCAUUUCGUUCCGAGAGGCACUACGGCGAAUUGGGCACUGUGUAUACCAGCAGCCUGUUCGGUAGAGCAUGCUAAAAACAUAGUAGAACAAGCCCUGGAAUUCUACAAUUCUACCAUAGGAAUCAAAUUCAUAGUGCACGUGGACCCUAACAUGUGUUACGUGAAACAGAAAUCGGAAAGCUAUUCGAAAGAGACGAUCGGCGUUCUCUAUUUCUACGCCAUGAUCAUCUGUCUGGCGAUCGUAGCAACCGCGCGGGACUACUUAGUGGUGUCUGAAGGGAAAGGUAAGCGAAUAUUUACGUGUAAUGCUGCUGUUGACUCUGAUCUUAUCUUAUCUUCAGGAAGCUAUUCCGAAAGAAUAAUAAUGGCGUUUUCGUUGCGGAAAAACUUGAAGACGCUAUUAAAGAGAGGAACGAACAGUUUCGAUAUCAGUUGCAUCCACGGAUUGAGAGCAAUUGGCGCUCUCCUGAUUUACACCGCACACAAAUUCGUACCAUUAUUGACCAUGCCGUACGUUAAUCGACUCGAUGUUUCACAGGUUGUAACCAAACCGAUCAGCACGAUCGUGAGAACGUCGUUCAUUUAUACGGAAUGGUUUCUGCUAUUUAGCGGUGCGUUAACCGCUUACAAUAUGGCGAAUGAGUAUACAAAGCGCGGAGAAAUUCGCUGGUUCUGUCGCCUUGUCACCAGAUACAUCAGGCUGACGCCAGCUUUGCUAGCGGUGAUCUUCUUCUACGCCUUCGUGAUGGAACAUAUCGGAUCCGGGCCACUAUGGAACAUCACUGUAGUCCGCAAUGCUGAAAUCUGCAAGAGCAACGCGUGGACCAAUUUACUCUACAUACAGAACUUCUUGCCCAUGGAAGAAACCUGUGCGACACAUACACAUCAGCUUGCACUGGACAUGCAACUGUCGCUGUUGGCGCCGCUCUUGGUCUUCUUAUUGCAGUUCAAGACGAUCUUCGGCGUUCUUCUGAUAUUCUUUUUCGUGCUGCUGGCGGCUACUCUCCGUUACGUGGCGAUAUCGACCCACAGACUUACUCUCGUCUUCUUCCACGGCGUAAGCAUAAAGCAGCUCUACAGGACGGCUGAUCUGACUUACACGACGACGUUACACCGAGCAACGUCAUACGUGUUCGGCGUAGGUCUUGGUGUGCUGUUGCAUUAUACCAAGAGGGACAUUAGGAUACACAAGGUGUUAGUGGUCUUGGGAUGGUUAAUCUCGGCGGCCUUGAUGUCAUGGUCGAUACUUUCACCUUGGCAUUUAGCCAAGAUGGAUUACGUGUACGAUGCCGAAGAGGCCGCCAAUUACGGUGUGCUCAGUCCGAUUGCAUCUUCCAUCGCCCUAUGCUGGUCCAUAUAUGCCUGUCACACGAAUAAUGGAGGUAUAAUCAACAGAUUCCUGUCACAGCAGUGGCUACUUCUCAUUAGCAGGAUAUCGUACGCGUUCUACAUGACGCAGUUCGCAGUGUUUUUUAUCAAUGUGGGGAGCACGAGGUACGCGAGCGAGUUUAGCGUUUUUAAUGGGCUCGACUGCAAAGAGUUAGCAACAGUAGUGAUCGUCUCGGUUGUACUGACCCUGUUACUGGAUCUGCCGAUGCAAGAGUUCAAGAACGUGAUAAUGGAGUGCACGGACAUGCGAGCCAAGGUCUCCGUCGAGGAUCAACCGCCGGAAACUCAGGUGAAAGAAAAACCAAAGCAACAAGACGAAGAGGACGAGGUGGUUUCCACGAGUUGGGACUGGCUGAAGAACGGCACGAAACCGAGCAACGAGCCACUGCAGGAAAAAGAAAAAGAAUACAAAGAAACCUUGAAGAGAACACCGUUCCAGUCGGAAAACGAGUCUUUGGAAGCUAGCAGAAGGUACUCUACGAGAGACGACGGUUACAGGGAGCGGAGACGAAGCAAAAGUAGUCAGAGGGACUACCAGAACUCUGAACCGGAAGAGGAGGAGUUGCUGAGGUCGCAGCUCGAGCACAAAGAUGCUCUUUUGCAACGCAGAAGAUCGACGUCGAGGAGCCUCGACAGCAGGAUGCUGCAGGACAGCGACGAGGAUGAGCAAUACUUGUGGAGGCAGACACAGAGGGAGGAGCCUAGACACUAUAGCCGGUCCGAAUCCAGAAGGAGGUCGGCGAUCAGGGACCGCGAGGAUUAUCGUUCCUCGGAGUCGGCAAACCGCGACCGCUCGUCUUCCCGAGGUGCGGACGUUAAAAGGCACUCCGGCCGAUCGGAGGAUCUCGAUCCUGUUCAAAGACAAACAAGAUCCUUCUCAAGGUCCUCGGACGUUAGGCGGGCGUACUCCUCGGAGAGCGAGGAGGAGCUCUCGCAACGAAGAAAGCUGGAAAAGAGGCAGCUUCCAGCAGAACCGAGGCACAGCGACGAGGAGGACUGGGAGAAUGAGCUGAGGAUACGUAGAAAACAAUUCAUGGAGAGACUGGCCACGCAGGAACGCGAUUCCCUACUGGAAGACGAGGAUCUAGUCUCCUUGAGGAGGAGGUCCUCCGCGGAGGGCAGACUGGCUUUGCUGAAGGAUCCUUCGGCGGACGACAACAUGGACUCUUGGACAGUCAGCGUUGGUUCCAGAGUGGCACACCUGGGCUCUUCGCAGGAACGCAGUGAGGCUGAAGAGGACAGUGCCUACAGGAGACGGAGGGAGUACCGGGAACAAGCGCCUCCACCCAGGGACGACACCAUGAGCGAGGAAGAGGUUCUCUGGGAUGCCUCCAGGAGAUCCCACACCAGCAGCAGCCAAAUGACCUCCGUCGAAGAGGACGAGGAUGUAGCUACUUUUAACUUUGUGCUUACUAAGGAUAGCAAGAGGAUUUCUGUGCAGGAUCUGUCGAAGCUGUCGCAGGAGGAAGUAGAUCUGUCCGAGUCUGGUUGGAACAUCGUGGAUAAAUCGUCGGAGUUGCAGCCGAAAGGUCUCUACAAAAGGGAGUCUAUAAUAAAGAGCCAAGCCAGCGAGGAGGAUCCCGAGUAUCUUCUUCCGGAGAGGCCGAAGCUGGUACAGCAGGACAACGAGCAUCCUUUCAAGAAGGCUUGGCAGAUGCAGAAGUCGAGGUCCGAGGAGGACAGGCCGUACGCCGUAGGCGUCAAGGAGGUCAGAGAUCAAGCAAAGACGGACCCUAAGGGUCCAAAGGGCGACGACACGCCGAGCAUACAGAGAGAGCGCAGUGGAGAACAAAGCUCCGAAUACGAAGACGUUAGUUCGUACGGAGACGACGAGUCCGAAUCAGUCAGGUUGUCCAGAAGCAAAAGUACCGAUACCGAGGAGAAUAAGACUAGCUCGACGAAAUCGGAGGAGACUACAUCGACGGAGGGGAGGAGCAGGGAGAGUAGCAAAACUAAUUCGAGGUCAGAUAACGAAGAGGACUCCUCGAAGAUAAAUUGGUCAACCGAGGAGGAACAUUUUGGAGUUGAUAGAACGACGGCGAGGAGCAAAUCGGAGGAGACCAAUUGGGUCUGGGAGGAGGAAGAGACUUGAACGGGGAUCGGGGCGAAAUAAACAUAAUGAUCGUAUGAAAUUAUCGCAACGGGUGUUUCUCGCGCCGUUUCGGGCUCACGGUGAGGUGACAGAAAUUUAUGGGUACACCACUGGCCGGGGAUGCACCACGCCGAGCUGUCGGCGGUUGAUAUUUAUAUUAUGGGUUAAUAAAUUGGUAAAGGAUCGUUUUGAAA